UUCAAGUGCUGAGGAGGUGAAAUGGACAACGUGAAACUAACGUUACUAGUUACGUGAAGUCGUUGCACGAUGGACGAAGGCACGAAACAUGUGAACACGAAUCCUCUCCAGAAAGCAAACUGGCUGUCCAAGUUGUUUUUCUGGUGGAUAAAUCCGCUCUUCAAAGUUGGCUACAAGCGCAACCUGGAGGUGGAGGAUAUGUACAAUGUUGUCCAUGAUGACUCGGCAGAUUAUCUGAGCAAUAGGUUACAGAAAGAAUGGGACAAAGAGCUGAAAAAAUUGAAUCCAGAAACAAAGGGCAACCCCAGUCUUCUCAGGGCAAUGGUCAGGGCGUUUGGGAAGCAAUACAUGUUGUUUGGACUGAUCACCUUUGUAGAGGAGGCUACCAAGGUGGUCCAGCCAGUGCUUUUGGGGGGUCUGAUACGUUACUUCUCACCUGGUUCGACUAUGGAACCCUGGGAAGCAUACAUGUAUGCUGCAGGGGUCAGUUUUUGUGCCAUGUUUUUAGCGAUCUUCCAUCAUCCUUAUUUCUUUGGCGUGCAACGAAUAGGAAUGUGGCUUAGGAUUGCUAGCUGCUCGCUGAUUUAUAAAAAGUCCCUUCGCCUCAGUCACAGCUCUCUAGGGAAGACCACCACGGGUCAGAUUGUCAACCUCAUGUCUAAUGAUGUCAAUAGGUUCGACCAGGCUGUGAUAUUCCUUCACUUCCUGUGGAUAGGUCCUUUAGAAGCCAUAGCCGCCCUAGUGAUACUGUGGUACAUGCUGGGUCCAGCAUGCCUCGCUGGCUACGCAGUGUUGGUGCUACUGAUCCCUGUACAAGGCUGGAUGGGGAAACUCUUUGCCAAACUCAGGAGAAAAACUGCUGUUCAAACAGAUGAACGAGUGCGUAUCAUGAGUGAAAUUAUAUCAGGGAUGCGAGUGAUUAAGAUGUAUUGCUGGGAAAAACCCUUUGGGGAACUAAUCAGAAGGGUUCGCAAAUCGUGACUGAGAACAGUGGAAGGUCUUUGCAAUUCGUGGUGCCCUAGACGCCAGCCCCCAUAAAAGGAAUGAUAACCUCCCAUUGGUAAACAGUGACAUCUGGUGUCCGUUUUCCAGUGAGCAUUGCAGAGCACGAAGUUUUAUAUUGAGUUGAAUUAAGUCCUAAAUUAAUUUAUAUAUUUAUAUAAAAGCAUGAACAUAAUUGAAAGAGAAAUGAUUCUGCACUAAAAAUAGCAGCAAUUUUUUCUUCAGUCAACAACUGGACUAAGUAUUGAAAUUAUUCUUAACCUCCACCUUUUUUUAUGUCAGCAUGUCUAGAGCUUGUUCACCAUUAUAUGCACCGUUUAUGCAUGCGGUGUUAGAACAACCAAGGAACUAGAUUGGAAAGAAUGGUCUCAUAAAGCCAAAAACCCAGCUCUCAUAAAACUAAUUACCCAGCCAACUGUUCAGUGUCUUGUACGGUCUGGUAGUGGCAGAGAGCUAUCUGAUGCACUUGCUUAAGGAACGUCUGAGGGAUCGCUUGCACCACACUACAACAAGGCAUUUCAUGGGUGCUAUGACUUUGAUGAUAUUCUUGCAGAACAUGACAUUACAAAGAGUGACAAUAAAAGAAGAUACAUAAGUUGCAUACCUAAAAUCUCCAUCCUCUGCAGAAAAGUCAACAAUAGGUAAGAAUUAGGCCAUGAUCGGAAGCUUAAAAUACUUCAACUUGUCUCAGGCGUGAUAUAGUGUAAUAGGGCUGUACUGGAUGGGUACAUGUUUCAUUUACCCAGCAUUAUUGAUUGAAUUCUGAAUGGAAGAAAUCUGAACGUGAAACUCAACAAUCAUGUCUGGUCUACGCACUUCUGGCAUACGCAUCUGCAUCUAAGGAAUAAAAAGUAAUUUUAAUACUAUAAAGACUGAAUGAAAUACAGCAAAAAAUAUUACCUUGUAUGAAUGGGUAAUUAUUUUCAGAGAAAUAUAUUACAGAAACAAUUAUAACUGUCUGCUGAUUUGUGAGAAAUAUUAAAACUUACCAUUUACAUCUCCCAAAAUACCUAGCAAUCAUACCUAGCAAUAAGUGAAUUUUUUUUUUUUUUUUUAAAUCUGGCAUAUAUAGUACUAUACUUCUCAAAAGUUAAACAGUUUGAUUUUUCCUCUGUUCCAUUAACACUAGCUUGUAUUUAUGUCUAAAUGAGUCUCAGGUGGGCCAAAAAGCUCUGUUAAAGGUGACUUCAGUUUUGUGUAACUUUGGUCUUUCUGAAAAAAUUAAACAUUCAGAGAUGAAAGACCAUUACUUAAAACGUGGUGAAACUUGGUAGUAUUAUUCACAAUUACUACUAUCCCCGCUGGGGAUAAUGGAAAGCUCUUGUAGGAAGAGUGAGCAAACCUUUAACCUUCAAAAAAUGGGCUUCUCUGUAUCAAUCAACAUGACAGAAGAAUGCUUAACCCUGGUCAUGUCACCAUAGCCAGCAUCAGACAGUAUUGCUUGUGUCUUUCUAUGUAUUCCAAUUCAAAACAAUCAAAACCCAGAUUUUUGACACACUGUGGAGAGAGACAGAGAGAGAGAUCAUUCCUUACUAUCUAAUUCCUUGGAAUAAAUUAGUUAGAGAAUAUAUGUUUUGUAUAGGAGAACAUCCUCAAGUUUGAUGUGUGUGGCUUAUUGUUUGUUGUAUUGAGUGAUGGUGGAGUUUGGUAUAAAUGAAUCUGAUCAUCUGUUUUGAAUUUUAAAAGUUUGUUGUGUUAAUUAUACAUUUUCCAUCAAAAUUGAAGCAAGUGAAAUCAGUCAAAUUAUAAAAAUAAUGAUUUGUUAUUAAUUAAAUUAUUAUUUUUUAUUUUAUUUGAGAAAGAAAUAUCAAGCCGAUGAUUUAUGCUUCUUUUUUAUGGUUGAUUACAAUAAUCUCCCCUUUUCCCUUGCAGAAAAGAAAUACGCUGUAUCAAAGCUUCCAGCUAUGCGCGUGCUUUCAAUGCUGCACCUUACUUCUUUAGUCCUAAAUUCAUGGUGCUUUU